UCCCUCCCGCAAGCAAGAUCGUCUUUCUCGUCGUUUGUUCUGACAUCGAUUCUGCUGAGAUGGGUUUUUGACGGAAGCAAGCAAGUGCUCUGUGCGGUGAAAUAUGGAAGUGGCGCAGGGUGUAAUUGAAGUUUGAACAGGAAACGAGAAAAGCUGGAAAAUCAAUUGAGUCUGAUGUUUUGACGGAGUCGCACUUCAUUCGGCUGCGAUUGUGGAUUUAGUCUUAAUUUAAGUAAAUUUGGAUAAUCCAUAAUAAUUGUGUUGAGUACCCGUUGAUAACGCAAGUAUCAUGAAACCCGAUAUUGUAGUUCUAUUUUAAUCGCCGGAGUGCCCCAGCAAGACCAGGAUUGGAUCCGAUCAGCGGUCACCGGAUGCCGCUGCAAAAUUGAGACGUGAAAGUUUGUGAAAAUCGGAGCUUGCCAACCAAUUAUUGAGUGAGAGUCUUCCGUAAAUCGUGACUAAUCAGCAAGAAAAGUAGUUCUAGGGAAAUUGAAGACGAAAGCAGCAUAAGAGCGACGAACAAUGUACUCGAUAAACGGCAAUGAGCAAAGUGUACUCCUAUCCAUCCCUGGAUCCGAUGAAGGAGGAAAUGGCACUGGCGACGUCUACCGGCGUCUGCAGGAUCCGGAAGCAGACGCCAGUUCGAACAGCAACGAAACUGAUGCGGACGAGUACCACACAUUAAUAGAUGGGCGGUACAAAAAGAGCUCCAAAAAGUACGAAGAAAGUCGUCACCUCGGCAGAGCCAUUCGACCGAUUCCAGUCACGGGAGGCAACAAUUGCUCGAGGAAUCGGGUGUUUCUAGUCAUAAUAGCAAUGUUUUGCUUCAUAACUCUAUUGCUGACUGCCGUGCCUCUUGGAACCGAUAAGGGACGAGUUGGAACAAUCGCGGGUUGGAGUGUGAACACAUCGAGAUUAACGAUCAACUAUGUGCUACCGGCGGAGAAUACUACCAUAAUCGAUCCGUUGAACAUUUGCUCCACGGAGGAACGGAGUGGUGAUGGAAGUGAAGAUGAAAAAGUUUUCUUGCUUAUCGUGGUCUGUUCGUCGGCGAAAAAUUUCGAGGCCCGACAAACCAUUCGGGAGACCUGGGGCAACGUCAGUGAGUUCAACUAUCCUCAGUUUGUGCGAUUACAUGCCCGUUUGAAGGGCGAGUAUUUGGGACCACGUACAUUCAAGCACCUGCAGGAUUACAUGAAGAAGUCUGUGAUUGAGAAUCUGCCCAUGGCGACGGAAGAUGAUCAGCAAGUAACUGAGCUACAUAUAGUGUCCAAAACUGAAUCUUCCAAAAUGCAAAACCAUACCAGUCAGCAGAGCACUGAUAAAUCUAGUCAAAUUAAAGCGGAUGGUGAUACAACUGCACAGAUUCCAACCACCACCACGGUGGCCCCUUCACUCUGGGAAAACCAAAACUUCAACGUCAAGGUAGUAUUCCUCCUCGGACAGUCUGAAUCCGAAUACGUUCACCAGAGAAGUAAAUCACUGCAUCCGUCCUCGCUGGAUCAAACAACGACGACCCAAGCCCAACAAGAGGUUCCAACCCGUCCAGUGGAUCGGAGAACCCCUAGCGUAAGUUUAUUCCCUCCGGAAGGUGAUGUAGAUCCGGCUUUCAACGUACGGGAGGCGGAAUUGGACGAGCUGCAGGCGCGGAUCGUGAACGAGAGUGAAAUCUACGGGGAUAUUAUUCAGGAGAGCUUUAUCGAUAGCUAUAACAAUUUGACCUUAAAGACGAUCAUGAUGCUGAAGUGGGUUACCAACAAUUGUGACGGUCGAGUCAAGUACAUAAUGAAAUGUGAUGACGAUACGUUCGUAAAUGUUCCGAAUUUACUGCACGUUUUACUUGGGGGGACGGUACCGGUGUACAAGGCAUCUAUUCCAUUCUACGAUAAAAACACAAUUGAUGUGAAGUCGGCGAAAAAUCGGUUGACGGAAGUCAAGCGUCUGCUGACGGGAUUUCUUUUCUGUGAAGCCAAACCCAUUGUCGACACUAGCAGUAAAUGGUAUUCUCCAAACUACAUGUACAAUAAAGAGUUCUACCCGGAUUACCUCUCGGGCACGGCAUACCUAAUGAAUCUGAACGCAGCCAAGCUUCUCUAUCGCACGUCGCUAACGACGCCGAUUUUCCAUCUGGAAGACGUUUAUCUCACAGGAAUCGUGGCUGAUCGGACAAAACUUCGCCGCUAUCAUCAUCCCCUGUUUUUCUACUCCACUAUCAAAGACCUCUGUUCCCUGCGGGGUAUGAUCUCGCAGCAUCAGCUGCAACCAAACGAGUUACGCAAUGCGUAUGAUUUCAUUACCAAUCAAACGAUCGUGUGUUCGGCACCGGAUCGAAACUUCACUAUGGCCAAAAUGAAACUCCAACAGCGUAAGAAAUGUCACUGACACGGGGUUAAACGCGUCGCAACCGUCGCCGCUACCAGUAAGAAGAAACUUGCCAGCGGAUUAAUGCGAGGCUAAAAUGAGCCGAUUGUUGAUCGAUCUUUUCCUCCGCAACUGGUUUUCUGAUCUUUAUCGCCACCGAAUGAGUCUCCGUCACAAUUCUUUCAGGACAGUUCGCUGGCUGAGUUACGCUAGUAAAACAAAUAAGACAAUUGUAAAAUAAUGCGUAGGUAGUAAAGUUUAAAAUAAGCACAUUCUUGUUGAUUCAUAGAAAAGCAGUGCAGAAUGUUAAUAGUGAAACAUUUUACUAGUAUUGAUCACUUGAAGAGAUUUAGCAAAAGUCUUAAAGUUUAGCAUAUUAAAUCGUGAAACAAAAUUUUCAAUUGACGUGUCUUAGAACAAAAGCAGAAAAUCUCAGAUGCGAUGAUGAUGUAAUAUAUACUCUUCAAAAAUAUAAUGAAAUAAUUUAAUUCAGCUGUGAUUUGAAAAUAUUUUAGAUAGAUUUACAAAAAAAUAGAAACUAAAAACUGAUGAGCACUUAGUAUUAAAAACGAAAGUUAGUGAAUCAAAUCUACCAAUCCGAUAAGAAGUCAAUAGACUAGUAAGCAUUUAUUUCGCACAUCGAGUCUUAGCUUUUUAUUAUAGGUAAAAAGUCGUAGUCAGCCGUAUAUAUAGAAGGCAAAUUCACUCAAUCCUGGAUCUCGGUACACCAAUACCAGCAGCUUUUGUCAUCUAUUCUCAAUUCAGUUACUAAUAGAUUUUAGUCAAUCAAGCACAACCAUAUUUAUGUUCCAAUGGAAUUCACAAUCCUCAAAAAUUGAGAUCGAUCAUAGUCGCGCACACUGUUUGUCAUAGUUAGUUAAUUUCCCUAAUAGAAAAUCGUUGUACACAUUCGUACGCCAACAACGCUUAAGAUUGCUAAGUAAUAGUCGCGUAAAACGUGGAGCGCUUAACUUGUAGGAAUGAUACAUUCUUCAAACGUAGUCGCAGAUAAAUCUGAAUCAACACGUUAGUCAACAGUUGUAGAAGCUGUGAAAAAUUAAUUUUACCAGUCUUACUCUCGUUUAGUUUUGUUGGAUGGUUUCAUUUGAAAAAAAUACAUUUGUAAUGUCAGUGCAACUACACAAACCACAAACAUAGAGCAAAAAA